GGCGGCUUGCUGGCGUUGAGGCCGCUGCUGUGAGGAGGAGGAGGCGCAGCCGGGCCGGUCAUGGUGUACGCGCUGCUGCUGGCCGCUCUGGCCGGCUGUGUCCUGACCGUGGUGCUGCAGCUGGUGCUCCUGUACCGCCGGCCGGCCGCUCCGCCGCCGCCUCCCCCCAGCCCCGGGCGCUCGGGGCAGGCGGACGCCUCGCUGCGGGACUAUCUGCUGGGCUCGGCGGCGCCCGAGAGCUGCCAGUUCCUGAACGCCAUCUUCCUGUUCCUGUUCCGGGAGCUGCGGGACACGGCCGUGCUGCGGCGCUGGCUGCUGCGGAAGAUCCGGGUGGAGCUGGAGGAGCUGCUGCUGUCGCGGACCGCCGGGCGGCUGCUGGAGGGGCUGAGCCUGCGGGAGCUGAGCCUCGGGGAGGCCGUGCCGGUGCUGCGGGGCAUCCGCCUGGUGCCGCCCGCCGAGGCCCUGGACGAGGAGCUGAGCUUCGAGCUGGAGGCGGAGUACGGGGGCGGCCUGCGGCUGGCCGUGGACGUGGAGCUGCUCUUCGGCAAGUCGGCCUCGCUGUCGGUGCGGCUGGGCCGGGUGCAGGGCCGCCUCCGCCUGAUGUUCCGCCGCCUGCCCUUCACCCACUGGGCCUUCUGCUUCCUGGAGGAGCCGCUCAUCGACUUCCAGGUGCACAGCCAGUUCGAGGGCCGGCCCAUGCCGCAGCUGACCUCCAUCAUCGUCACCCAGCUGAAGAGGGUGAUCCGGAGGAAGCACACGCUGCCCAACUACAAGAUCAGAUACAAGCCAUUUUUUCCGAUGCAAGUGGCACCGGCUGCCGAGGAGGUGGAGGAGCGGACACUGACGCUGCACGACCUGGGCCUGACCGAAGGUCGUCUGAAGGUGUCUGUAAUGGAGUGCGGCAGGCUCCUGAUCUUCGGCUCUUAUGAACAGGAGACAUUUGUUCACUGCACCCUGGAGAUCAGCGGCGCCCCCUGGAAGGAGAAGACCAGGACCUCCAUCAAGACGGUGGAGCUAAUUAAAGGGACUUCCCAGAACAUCGGCCUGGUGAUGGUGCAGGCCAGAGAUGGAGACACCGGACACGUCUGCGUGGAGACCGUGACGCCCAAUUCUCCCGCCGCCGGAGCAGAUCUCAAGAAAGGCGACCGCUUAAUAGCCAUCGGAGGUAUCAAGGUGACGUCGUCGGUUCAGGCAUCAAAGCUCAUCAAGCAGUCUGGAGACCGAGUGCUGCUGUUCUACGAGAGGCCGGCGGGGCAGAGUCAGAGCGCUGCGGGGCCCCAAGAGAGCGCGGCCGCGCUGGACGACUCUGCUUUCCCGCAGACGUUUGACGAGGAUGCGGCAAGUCUGAUGGUGGAUGUGGAGAACAGGGAGCUGGAUUCUGAAUUUGAGGACUUGGCGUGUGAAGUGAGGCCGGCCGAGAGCAAAGACGACAACUUCCUUCCCGUAAAUCAGAGCCCUAAACGUGUGGUGGGAAAUGUGUCCACCAAAUCCCUGGGAUCCAUUUCUCCCAUCUUAAGUCGGAAACCAAAUCCAGCAGCUUCUCAAAUAACAUCGAAGGUUCAGACCAAAGCUGGGAAACCAAAUGUCCUGGAGAACCAGGAGCCGCCUCAGCUGAGCAGGACAUCAUCCGGAUCUAAGCCCCCGGUGCCCCCAAGACCUCAAGUGAAACUUACCUUAACCACCUGUGAAACUCCAACUACUGUAGACCUGGGUGAAAGCGCUGUAGAAAAGCCGGAGAAGCCUGCUCCACCCUCAACGAAUGGUGAGAAGGUACCUGAGAAGCCUCCAAAAACUACAGAUCUGGUGGAAGAACUAACAGCACAGAAACCCAACUCUGUGAAGCCAGACCCUGCAAAAGACAAGAUCUCUGAAGGUUCCACAAGCACGAAGGAUAGCUCUGAGGACCAGCAGGUGUGGGAGUCUCCAGACACGCUCUACAGGGGCCGGCAGGGUCGCUGGACAAGGGCUUCUUGUGUAUUUGAUGUUGAGAGCCAUCACAGAUACUUGAAUGUAGCCCUCUGGUGCAGGGACUGUCUUAAGACUGGUAGUCUCUGCUGCGUUGGACAUGUCAGUAUCAAACUAGAAGAUAUUUCCUUAGAAUGCCUUUCCAUGUCCUCGCUGGAGUAUCUCAGCAGCUACAAACUGAAUCCUCCUGAACCUAAAGCUUCUGUCAGUAGAACGGCACUGAGGAGCUUGAGUACACACAAGGGCUUCAAUGAGAAGUUCUGCUACGGAGACAUCACCCUAACCUUCAAGUAUCUGAUGGAAGGAGAGUCUGAGAGUUCGAGCAUGCUACAAGAGAAGGAUGGAAGCUUCACCGAGGACCUGGCUGUUCUUCAGAAAGAGGACUCUCCUGUGCCCCAGGUCACUUUCUGUGAAUCAAAGCAUAACUUUCAGGACACUCAGUUCCAGAAUUCCACCUUGUGUGACCACUGUAAGAGAAAGGUGUGGACCAAGGCUGCAUCUCAGUGCAUGAUCUGCGGUUACGUCUGCCAUAAAAAAUGUCAAGAGAAAUGUCUAGCCGAGAACCCAUACUGUGUGUCCCUGGAGAAGAGGGUCGACCUGGAGUCCAAGUCUCUUGGGAACAGAACUACAGGCAUCACACGGCACAUCAUCAACACCAGUUCCCGUCUACUGAACUUGCGUCCAGCUCCAAAAAUGCGGCAGCCCGAGCAAGGAGGCUGCGAUCUGGUGGAGCCCUCACCAAAGCAAACGCCGAACACGUCGGACAAUGAGAGCAGCGAUACGGAGAUGGGUGGGACCGGCAGCCCUUCUAAACGGCCCGGAGGUGGCUCUGCUAAACUGGUCCGCAAGGAGGGAGGCUUGGACGACAGCGUAUUUAUUGCCGUCAAAGAAAUUGGGCGUGAUCUGUACAGAGGUCUACCAACUGAUGAGCGGAUCCAGAAGCUGGAGUUCAUGCUGGAUAAGCUCCAGAAUGAGAUUGAUCAGGAGCUGGAGCACAAUAACUCCCUGGUGAAGGAAGAACGAGAGACCACCGACAGCAGGAGGAAAGUCCUGAUUGCGGCGGCACUGGUCAAGUCCGGAGAGAGACUGCAGGCGCUGACACUGCUCAUGAUCCACUACCGCGCGGGAAUCGAGGACAUCGAGUCGCUGGAGAACUCCUCUCUGGCCCAUCCUAGAAAGACUGCGAGAUAUGAGGAAGAGGCCGUGGUUGAAGCUGCUGAUAACGAGGAGGACGAUGCUUUGGAUGAAAAGGAGGUGUUGAGUGAUCCCUCCGAGGAGAACCCACUCGACUCUCCAGAAAUGGAGUGAGGGCUCGGCGGUUGUCACAUGACUGUUGAUUUGCACUUACCAUGCGUCUCAUGCAUUGGGCGGAGCACUCUGCAUUGAAGUCGUACAGCGGAGGCCUUCCUCGUGGGGCUCUUGGUGUCGGGGAGGGGACAGUCUUCUCCAUAGUCAGUGGAUGCGCCUCAGGCCAAAUGUACGGUAUCCCCAGGUUCUAGCAGACAUUUUCUUUUGAUGAAUGUUUAAUGUGAUUUUCUUUGGGGAUUUUUUUUUUUUUCCCUUGACGGGGGGCGGGAGGGAGUUAAACACUUUGUACAUUGACCCUUUGCUGGCAGAGGAGAAUAUAAUAUGAAGGCGAUGAUGACAUGUAGGUCCUAGGAAUACGCUGUAGAAUGUGCUUCCUGUAUGUGACUCAUCGAGACCAAAGACUGGACACCGAGUGGCAGCGAUUCUUUUUUUCUGUUGUGGGUCGGACCGGCUGUCCCCCCGGGACAUAACCAAUAAUGACUGGACUUUCAGUGUUUCAGAAGGGCGGGCAGGCCACGGCUUCCCCCAUAUGCCUCACUGCGCCUCAUACCCAAUCUCCGGAGUGGGGUCUGUGCGC